AUGGAAGACAAACUUCGUUUAACUGGACUGAUUUCUCCUCCUCUCUCUCUCUGUCUCUCUUUCUCUCUCUCUCUUUUCCUCUCUCUCUCUCUCUCUGUUCUCUCUCUCUCUCUCAAAAUAGCUGUUCUCCAAAUCCAUUUCUCUUCAAAUCUAUCUUUUCGGUUUUUUUCACUCUUUCUUUUCGUGCUUUCUUUUUUAAAAAUCUAUUUUGUCAUUUUUACUGUCUUGACUGCUCUCUCCGUUCCAAUAUCUCUUUCCUUCCCUCUUUUCAUUUAUGUUUUUUUCUAUCGUCUUUUUUACCUCGCAUCUCUUUUUUUUCUUGCCAGUAUUUGCUUCAAUCUUUCGUUGUUUUUCUCUUCCCGAUCUUAUGACACCCUCCACUGCUUUUUCUUUUUUCUUUUCUUUGUCUCUUAUCGAUCUUAUUACGCACUCUUUUUAGCUUCCUUUCCUUCCAUUUUUCUCUGUUAUUACACACUCUUUCACUUUCCUUUUCCCCCGUUUUCUUUUCUCUCUUAUUAUUCCCUCUCUUUCUUCAUUUCUUUUUUUUCUUUCCUCUUUUAUUACCCCAACUCUUCUCUUUCUUCUCUUCUUUCCUGUUCUCUUUUCGCAUUUAUUACUCCCGCUCUUUCCAUUACUUUUCCCUUUUUUCUUUUCUCUCUUACUACACCCUCACUUAUUCACUUCUUUCUUCUCUUUUGCACUUAUUACUCCCUAUUUAGCUUUCUUUUUCAUUCUUAUUACACGCUCUGUUUUUUCCUUUCCUUUUUUUCUUAUAGACUUAUUAUUCCCUAUUACGCUUUUUUUUCCUUUCUCAUUCUCUUUUCUCUCAUUACUCGCUCUCUUUUUCCUUUCUUUUUCUCUUUUCUCUCUUAA